GAGAGCAGAGGAAGAACACUCGGCACUUCCGGAGCCGCCGGAAGCGCCACCGCCGACGCUCCUCCGCCGGCGGAGGGCCGGGUGGAGGGAUGGCGGCACGCGCGGCGCGGCUGCUGCUGCUGGCCGGGGCGGCCGCGCUGGCGAGCGGCUCCCAGGGCGACCGCGAACCGGUGUACCGCGACUGUGUGCUGCGAUGCGAGGAGCGGAACUGCUCCGGGGGCGCGCUGAAGCACUUCCGCUCCCGCCAGCCAAUCUACAUGAGCCUAGCAGGCUGGAGCUGUCGUGAUGACUGUAAAUAUGAGUGCAUGUGGGUCACUGUUGGCCUCUACAUCCAGGAAGGCCACCAAGUGCCUCAGUUCCAUGGCAAGUGGCCCUUCUCCCGGUUCCUGUUCUUCCAAGAGCCGGCCUCCGCCGCUGCCUCCUUCCUCAACGGCCUGGCUAGCCUGGUGAUGCUCUGCCAUUACCGUGCCUCGGUGCCUGCUGCCUCUCCGAUGUACCCCACCUGCGUGGCCUUUGCCUGGGUCUCCCUCAAUGCUUGGUUCUGGUCCACAGUCUUCCACACCCGGGACACCGAGCUCACCGAGAAAAUGGACUACUUCUGCGCCUCCACUGUCAUUCUGCACUCCAUCUACCUGUGCUGCGUCAGGACCGUGGGCUUGCAGUGGCCUGCGGUGGCCAGAUUCUUCCGCGCCUUCCUGCUGCUCCUGCUGACCGCGCAUGUCUCUUACCUGGGCCUCGUGCGCUUUGACUACGGUUACAACCUGGCGGCCAACGUGGCCAUCGGCCUGGUGAACAUGAUGUGGUGGCUGAGCUGGGGCCUGUGGAACUGGCGUGCGCUUCCGCAUGCCCGCAAGUGUGUGGCCGUGGCACUGCUGCUGCAGGCGCUGGCGCUGCUCGAGCUGCUGGACUUCCCGCCGCUCUUCUGGGUCCUGGACGCCCACGCCAUCUGGCACCUCAGCACCGUCCCCGUGCAUGUCCUCUUCUUCAGCUUUCUGGAAGACGACAGCCUGUACCUGCUGAAGGAGCUGGAGGCCAAGUUCAAGCUGGACUGAAGAUCCUGGUGGCGGACCUGCCCCCAGGGGAUUCAUGACCU